GGGCUCGGGGAUGUGGCUCCGGGCGGCGGCGCGGGCGGCCGGGGCCGGGGCCGGGGGCUCCCGCUUGGCUUCGGGGGCGGCGGCGGCGCAGCUCCGGCGGCGGCUGGAGGGGGAGCUGGAGGGGAUCCGCGGCGCCGGCACCUGGAAGAGCGAGAGGGUCAUCGCCUCCCCGCAGGGCCCCCACCUCCGCCUGGCGGGAGGCGGCGGCGCCGGGAUCCUCAACUUCUGCGCCAACAACUACCUGGGGCUGUCCAGCCACCCGCAGGUGAUCCGCGCCGCCGUGCGAGCCCUCGAGGAGUUCGGCGCCGGCCUCAGCUCCGUGCGCUUCAUCUGCGGCACGCAGAGCAUACACAAGGACCUGGAGGAGAAGAUCGCGCGCUUCCACCAGAGGGAGGACGCCAUCCUCUACGCCAGCUGCUUCGAUGCAAACGCCGGCAUCUUUGAGGCUCUGCUCACCCCGGAGGACGCGGUGCUGUCCGACGAGCUGAACCAUGCCUCCAUCAUCGACGGCAUCCGCCUGUGCAAGGCAAACAAGUACCGCUACAAGCACAUGGACAUGCAGGACCUGGAGGCCAAGCUGCAGGACGCGCAGAAACACCGCCUGCGGCUGGUGGCCACCGAUGGUGCCUUCUCCAUGGACGGUGACAUCGCGCCCCUGCGGGAGAUCUGCCAGCUGGCCCAGAAGUAUGACGCCCUGGUCUUCAUCGAUGAAUGCCAUGCGACAGGGUUCCUCGGGCCCAACGGCCGGGGUACUGAUGAGCUCCUGGGAGUGAUGGACAAGGUCACCAUCAUCAACUCCACCCUGGGAAAAGCUCUUGGAGGAGCUGCAGGUGGGUACACGACGGGCCCCAAACCCCUCAUCGAUCUGCUCCGCCAGCGCUCCCGCCCCUACCUCUUCUCCAACAGCCUGCCCCCCGCCGUGGUGGGCUGCGCGUCCAAGGCCCUGGACCUGCUCAUGGAGAGCAACGCCAUCGCCCAGUCCAUGGCCGCCAAGACCCAGCGCUUCAGAAGCAAGAUGACAGCAGCCGGCUUCACCAUCUCAGGGAAAGACCAUCCCAUCUGUCCUGUCAUGCUCGGGGACGCCCGGCUGGCUGCAGUGAUGGCUGAGGACAUGCUGAGCAGAGGCAUUUACGUCAUUGGCUUCAGCUACCCCGUGGUCCCCAAGGGGAAAGCCCGCAUCCGGGUCCAGAUUUCGGCUGUGCACAGCGACGAGGACAUCGACCGCUGCGUGGAGGCCUUCACCGAGGUGGGACGGAAACACGGAGCGCUGCCUUGAGGGGCCACCAGAUGCGUUCCUCGGUGCCUUUCCUGCCCGUGACCAACACAAGUGCCUGUGCCGGGGGGGAAGGC